AGCCACAACGAAUAAACGUCUCACAAGACAGAACCGACGCCCUGGAAUGGCAGGAGCAGACAACACUACUCCCAGUUCACAAGGGUGCAGGGAGGAGGUUCAGAGUUCUCAAGGGGCGUUGCACCAAUAUAAUUUUACUCUCCUCGCCAUGCUAGGAAUUCUCCUUCAAGUGAAGCAGGCAACCGGGAGUAAAUCUCCAUUUGUCACAGACCACGUUACAAUGCUGACCUUUGUUGCCGUUUUCUUGAUCUAUAUCUGGUCAUUGGCAACUUACAAGUUAUGUCACUUUCCCACCACAGAUUUGGCCGAUUUCAUGGACAACAUUAGCCUCUUCUUUGGAUCACUUGCUCCGAUCUUACUACUGCUUGUCCUCGUUCAAGCUUUCGGGUUGUUCACCCUCGGUUUGUGGAUCCUGUACUUUCUUAGAGACUUUCUAACUAAGAAAUCAUACAGAAGGGCACUUGUUUAUGUCUUGAAAAAAGUGCAAGAGCUGUUUAAAGGCCAAGAACAAAAUGAGGCAGAGAAUAUUGUAGGAUUACAAGAAGCAGGAGAGGAGAGUGCUGUACAAAUACAAGAAGCAAGAGAACGGAAAGUUGAUGAAAACAAAAUGGAGGAGCUGCAGAAUGGACUACCCUGAUCGAUUAAACAUAUUUAUUCAGUUGUAUUAUUCGUUUCUAAACCUAGUAAUAAUAUAGGCUUUAUUUUUUUCUUCCACCUGUGAAGUUUUUCUCACCUGUAUUAAAUUUAGAGGAUAAUAUGUCCCCUGUUGGAAUAUUUUUUUUCUUCGGGCAAUUACCCUAUUGGAAUGUUUAUUUCAAUUUGCUUUUUUGUGUAAUUUGGUUCAGGGCCCUUUGGUUCA